AUGAAGAAACUCACAAGCUUAGACCCCUCGAAGACCCUCACACCAGAUCACAUGAAUGGCGUCAAACAAUGCCUUUCUGUAUUCUACCCUGUGUUUCGCUCACCUGAUCAUCCCACCUAUGCUGUGAUGAUACAGAGGGCAAUUGCUGAGUUGAACAAGGAAGGGGGGUCGACUCAAGAAGCAAUAUCAAAAUUUAUUAGAGAGCGGUUUGACUGUUUGCCAUUGGCUCAUGAAAGUUUCUUGAGUCAUCACUUGAAGAAACUUAGUGAGAGCGGAGAAAUUCUGAGUGCUUCAAAUAAUUGUUAUAUGCUUCCAGCUGAAGAAAAUGGUUAUGUUUCUCGAAGGGAGCGAGUGCAGAAAAAAAAUAGUAGUGGGUUGGGUAGGGGAAGAAGAACAAGAAAUGGAAUUGAGCAUAAAAAACUGGCAGAAGAACAAGUUGAAGUAACUGAACAUAGAGAACAGAGGCAGCAAAGUCAGGAGCCAGAGGUGAUAGUUGAUCAAAAUGGAUGCUCAGAGCAACAAAAUGAACAACAAGAUGAAGUGAAUGGAGAAGUUGCAAUGGUUGUGGCAAAACAGAAAUAUAAAGCGACUAAAGAACAAUUUGAAGUAACUGAACAUAGAGAAUGGACGCAGCAAAGUCAAGAACCAGAGUUGAUAGUUGAUCAAAAUGGAUUCUCUGAGCAACAAAAUGAACAACAUGAUGAAGUGAGAGGAGAAGUUGCAAUGGUUGUUGUAAAACAGAAAUAUAAAGCGACUGAAGAACAGGUUGAAGUAACUGAACAACAGAAAGAACAGGGGAAACAAAGUCAAGAACUGGGUCUACAAGAACAGCACAGUAAGGUGAUUGACGAUCACAGUGGACCUCCUGAGGAACAGCAAGACGAAGUGAAUGGGCAAAAAACUGAAAAACAAAUGCAAGAAGUUGCUGUGAUUGUUGAAAAGCAGCACAAUUCAGAAGAGAAAUAUAAAGCAACUGAAGAACAAGUUGAACUGAUUGAACAGAGACAACAUGGGCAGAAUUGUCUUGAAUCGAAUCAAGGGCAAGAUGAACUGAUUGGACAACAAAGUCAAACUGAAAUGCAAGAUGUUGUAAUGAUUGUUGAAAAGCAGAAUAAUGAAAAAGAGAAAUAUAAAGUGACUGAAGAACAGGUUGAAAUGACUGAACAGAGAUUACAUGGGCAACAAAGUCAAGAACUGAAUCUACACGAACAGCAUAGUAAGCUGAUUGACGGUGAGAGGGGAUCUCCUGAUAAACAGCAUGAUGAAGUGAAUGGACAACAAAGUAUAAAUCAGAUGGAAAAAGGUACAGUGAUUGUUGAAAAGCAGAACAAUUCAGAACAGAAAUAUAAAGCAGUUGAAGAGCAAGUUGAAGUUACUGAACAACAGAGGGAACACAGGCAACAAAGUCAAGAACUAAGUCUAGAAGAACAGCUAAAUAUGGUGCUUGACAUUCAAAAUGGAUCUCCAGAGAAACCAAACGAACAUGCUGAUGGAUCUCCAGAGAAACAAAAUGAACAUGCAGAGGAAGCAAAUGGGCAACAAAUUCAAAAACAAAUGCAAGAAAAUGCAGUGAAUUUUCGAAAUCAGAGUAAUGCAGAACAGAAAUAUAAAGUGACUGAAGAAAACAUUCAAGCACAAAGGGAUGAACUUAUUGAAGAACAGUGUCAAUCUGAAGAACAACAAUGUGAAGUGACCAGAGAACAAUUACAAAUUGAAGGAAUUGAAAGAGAGAUUCAGUUACUAGAGGAACAAGUUGAAAUAAUUGAAAAGAUGACUACACCAGGAGAGCAUAUUGAAAUGAUUUCUGAACAAAAUAAGCCACAAGAGCAAAGUGAAUUAAUAUCCAAGAUCGUUGGUUCUCGCAAUAUGCAGGAGUUAUUAUCAAAGAAGCAGGAGAAAGAUGCAGCUACUGCGAUCAAUUCAAGCCCUUCUCUUACAAGUCAAAAACUGCCCCACCAUGAUUCAUCAUUUUUGUCUGAGGAAAAUUGUGUAGAAUUGUUGAUGAGGACACGUAAGCUUGAGGAGAAGUUGUUGGAAAAUCUGUCUAGCAUAAGGGAGGGAUCAAACCGUAGCAGUCAGAAGCCUAGUACAGACUUAGAGGAGUUAUUUUCAAAGCAUGGAAAGCUAGCCGCCCAUGAUAGUCAGCCGCAGAUGCCCAAGUGCCAAAACAAAUCAAUUAACACUUGUCCUCAUGUUGAAUUGCCACAACAAAAGGAGAUUGGAAACGUAGAAAGAUCAUUGAAACUGUUAACAAUGGAAGCAGAGAAUAUCAGAGAAAUAUCCCGUCAUGUUGGAAAGAAGACUUGUCUAAACUUCGAAGCAGAGCAUGAGAAAGAAAAGCAUAGUGCUGCCUGCGAUCCCAACCUUUGUUGUCAGCAGAAGCCGUCUGUCUCUCUGCAAGUUGCAAGUUGUGAGGAUGUCCCCAAGCACUCACCAGACCAGGAACUGGAACGGAAACUGAAGAACCAGCAACCAGAACUUCAAAAGCCACAAAGACCUCAAGAUGUCGAAUUACUGUCAGUUGAGGAAGGCUAUAAGGUUCAUGAAUCUGAGCUAAACAUUAUGGACAGUUCUGUUUAUUUGCUCCAGGCAUCACAGCAUCAGAAGAGGCAGCUGCGUCCUCGGCAUAAAAAGACAUCUGAAUCUGGUUGUGGGGUGCCAAAGGCACGUAAAUGCCAGGAACUUGAGAACGAGAAGCAGCCCAGAGAAGAAAUACAGGAUAUGGGUAUGAAGCUUGAUCAUUUUGCAGUUAAGCUGUCAUUUCAAGCACAGAAAAAAACACAGGAGCCAGCACAGCAGAGGCAAUUGCGUCCGCGGCGCCAAAGGCAGUCCAAAUCUGAAGAGUCGAUCACUACAUCGAUGGUGGAAUCACUACCCACAAGGCAUCAGGAUACCCUGAUAUCAAACCUUCAAGAAGCUGAAAAGCCUCAGGAGCUAAAGACAUCAGCAGCAAAAACAGGCCCCACACAGCAGCAGAGGCAACUUCAACCUCGAGACAAAAAGCUGCCUGAAUCUAGGGCAGUUCUGUCACCUUCACAAUCUCUGGAUGAGCAGUAUCCAUUGCUUUCAAACAGUGGAAGAUCUCAAAUGCAACAGCCGAGAGUGGAUGAUUCAUCUCAACUGAAGAACCGACAUCGACAUGAUGAAUUGUCCCAAACAAAAGAGCUGCGGCGUCAUCUGAAAUUACAAUUCCACAGCCAAGGUGUUUCACAAUCUGAUCCUAGCGUGUCCAUGACAGAAUCAUCACCCUCACAGAACCUGAGUGAGGAACCCCAAGAAAAGAUGCACCAUGAUGAAUUGCAGCACCUGAAACAUCAAAAGCAUAAGAAGCCUCCUAGACCAAAAGAAAAUGAACCAAUUAUGGAGGUUUUGUCCCCAUCAGCUGACCAGCAGCCACAGAAGCGAGGGAGAGGGAGGCCUCCUAAAGCAAAACUGGCUACAGCUGCAACCAGCUAUGCAUCACUGCCUGCUAAAUGCCAGAAGCAGAAGGAACAACCAGAAAAACGAAAACAAGGGAGGCCCCGUAAGUUGACAGCAAAAAUUACUUUAGCAAGGAUAAAAUUGACCUUAAAGAACCAACCACAGCAACAAAAGCGAGGGAGGGGAAGGCCUCGAAAAGUGACUGAAGAAACCUAA